GCAGAUAAAACUGUGAUGAUCUCAGCAGUGUUUACAAUAUACCGGGCCAAGCUGAGGCCAAAGGUCAGACUGCUCAACCACGACGGCCUGCUUACUUUGAACUGUCGCCACCAUUUAAAAAUCAAUGAGCGUCUCAGCGAGGAGAGGCGGAGUUCUGGGCAGACAGAGGAUAACAGGCGCGGCAGGAGAGGACCGAAGCACAGAGGGAACGUGGUGGAAACGAAGCUGCUGCCUUCAGACUCGGACAUCAUGGAGCUCUACCUCGACCUGCUCUCCCAGCCCUGCCGCGCCGUCUUCCUGUUCGCCAAAGCGGUCGGGAUUCCCUUUGAGUUUAAGCUUGUCGACCUCGCUGCAGGGCAGCAGUACAGCGAGGAGUUUGGAAAAAUCAGCAUCGCUAAGAAGGUUCCUGUCAUGAAGGAUGGAAGCUUCAUUCUGACGGAAAGCGUUGCGAUCCUGAAGUACCUGGUGCAGAAAUAUUCGUCGUCAGUGGCAGAUCACUGGUAUCCAGCUAACCUGCAGCAGCGAGCUCGCGUUAAUGAAUACCUGUCCUGGCAGCACAUGAACCUCAGAGCUCACGGCUCAAAGGUCUUCCUGCUCAGGGUUCUGUUUCCUGUCAUCAUGGGCUCCGAGGCCCCGAAGGCGAAGAUGGACGUUGCUGUCGAGGAUCUGAAUCAGUCGCUCAAGCUGCUGGAGGAGAAAUUCCUGCAGAACAAACCGUUCAUCAUCGGCGACAAAAUCUCUCUGGCUGAUCUGGUGGCUAUAGUUGACAUCAUGCAGCCUUUUGGCUCUGGCCUGGAUGUGUUUGAAGGCCGGCCGAAGCUGAUCGGCUGGAGAGAGCGAGUGAAGAAGGAGCUCGGUGAAAAGUUGUUCGACGAAGGUCACGAGCUGAUCAUGAGCGCGAGCAGCCUGGCGCAGAAGAUGCAGAACAGCAGCGAUCUGGAGACACUCAAACCAAAGUUUCAGAGGCUUUUCAUCUGAAGAAGCUUCUGUUUAAACGCGACUGUCCCUGAUGUCGAGAAUGAUCUUCAUUAGUUUUUCAUUUCAUGGUUGUGUGGGGAUUUUAUUAGCAGAAUUCCUGUGCAGCUUUGUCAUGAAGUACUGAAUAAGCGUUUAAACCAGCUUCCAGAUAUUAAACGGUUUGGAAAACUG